AUGCCUUCCGCUUCCGCCCCGUUUGAUUUCCAGGAGCCGACCGUGGUCCGGCUCUCCGACGAAGAGCGCACAACCGGCCGUAUCACUCUCGAGAACAUUGACAUUGCCGUGUCCGCAAUACACCGUGACGGUCUCGUCGUACCUGAAAAUGCCGUCAACACAGCCCACAUGGACGCCAUCAACGCCAUUCUCGUGAAAGACGCCGAAGAAAUGGCCAAGAUGGACUCAACUCACUUUAAUGGGAACUCCGUCGACGGCCGCCCGACUGGCAACAUGUCCCAGGGUCCCCCACUCGAGCCCGAGCUGCUCUUUGGCGACAUCUGGGCUAACGUGCCCGCAGCGGCCGUUCUCUCCGCUGUCUUCGGCCCCAAGCCGCAUGUCAACUAUGUCAAUGGAAAUACGGCGCUCGGCGGCUUUGACGACGCCCGCCAGCGCGUGCAUGCCGACUUGUUCUUCAACCAUGCCCAGUUCCCGUUUGCCGUCGUGGCCAACUACUAUUUGGAGCAUGUGUCCCCGGCGAACGGCUCCACCGAACUGUGGCUCGGCUCGCACCGCGACACCUCGUUCCUCGACCACCGCAACUGCCACCCCGAGCGCGCCGACACGCCGCCGAGCGACACAGACACAGGUGCCAAAACGAAGGAGGGGGCGGCCGCUAAGGGCGCAGACUUUGGCAUCCGCGACGAGCGCCUCGAUGCCCGCCGCAAGCACGCCCCACCCAUGCAGCCGACCAUCAAGAAAGGCUCGGUCGUGCUGCGCGACCUGCGCCUGUGGCACGCCGGACCGGCCAACCCGGCCACCGACCCGCGCAUCAUGCUGGCCUUUGUGCCCACGCCCUGGUGGUAUGCCUGUCCCGCGCGGGUUGUGCUGCCGGCGUCGUGCCAGGCCACGGUCGACAGCUGGGCGGCCCGUUUGCUGCAUCCGGUGCAGUACGACGCGCACUUUGUGCCGGCCAGCCUCGACCACCGAAAGGUCAAUUUCGUCCCCAACUUUAGCAGCGCCAACAAGGGCUACCUGUCGAUGCUGCCGCCGCAUCUAGGCUCGGGCUUUGUCGAUGACGUGAGCAAGUAUUAG